AUGCACUCAAUGCUCUCCUAUUCUUUGUUGCCGCAUUGUUCCAGAAGCAGUCUGCAGGCUUCCACUCUCUUUGGCCAUUCCAAACUUGAUGCAUUUGUUUGGGACGAUGCGCUUAUUCCUCAUGAGGCGGCUGCAGCGAUGACGUACGGCGUCGGCGUCGCGCAAAACAACGCAGAUAUCGGUGGUGGUGGCGGAAUGAACGAUGAGGAGUACGACGAGAAUUCGUCCGCACGACUAUUCGAACGCAGCCGCAUCAAAGCACUUGCGGAAGAAUGCGUGCCGGGUGUGACUACAAGUCAGAUUCAUAAGGUGCACCGAUGCGAAUGUUUUGUCGAUCUCAGAAUCUCUCUAUGGCGUUAUGUGUCAUUUCGCAUUGAUGUCGCAUCUGAUGUUGUUGGUGGUGGGCGUGAUGAUCGUCCUCAACCUGACGCAUUCAUGCAAGGAUUUGAGGAGAAUGUGAUGUGUUAA